CUCAGCCUUCCAUCCUUCCGAGGCUAUAAAGCGCCGCUUCUGCCUCCGCCACAUCAGCCAGCCCUGCCCCGAGCGAGGAAGGACCAGCCAUGCCCCCUUCGGCCCCAGAUGCUCGGACCCUCACUGGCUGCCUGCUGUUGGUUCUGCUCAGUGUGUCCCCCUCCAUCCAAGCUCCAGCAGCAAAGGAGGAGUCGCAAAUCACCUCCCUGCUCCAGCCCCAGCCCUCCAUCGGACAGAAGGUUCAGGUCUCCUGCGUGGGCAGAACCGUCCACCCAGAGAGCGGCAUCAUGUACUGGCUGGCAAAUGGCACUUUUGUGGACCAGCUGUACCCAAACGGAACGGUGAAGGAGGAAGCCACCGAAGAGAAAGGCAGCAAGCUGACCCGGAAGCUGAUCUUCUCCCCGUUGAUGGCACAGCACCUCCGCACCAGAUUCGAUUGCUUCAUCACUGACCCCUCCGGCGUAUUUCAGAAGACCAUCCAGUGGGACCGUUCAAAUCCAAAAAGCUGCAAAAGUUGAGCUGGCCAAGUGAGAGGGCCCCCAGGCGUUUCAUGACCCAACUAGGGAACGCAGCUGGCUGGGGAAUCCUGGGAGUUGAAGUCCGCAAGUCUUAAAAGUCACCAAAUUUGGAGACUCCUGGCUUAGAAUAUUGGAGAAUAAUGCUCAUCUAAAAAUGAGCAAAUUUGUUAUUUUGAAGAUUUUAAAUGGAGGAUCCUCACGCAGAACUCCUUGGCACCAAACCAGAGGGCCCCCCCCAUUCCAUUCCCCAAACCCCCGAUUUGUGCAUUUGUACGAGUGUAUUUUGCAGCAACCAUGGAAGAAAAGUAAAUAACCAGGCCCAGAAGACCUCAGCCCCGUUGUCGCCCGUCUCUGAAUCCUGGGUUUUUGUAGAGUUUUGAAUUUUUGAAAUCUGCAGAGUUUGGAUAUUUUUAAUGAUUUUUCUACUUGACUUUUUGUAAUCUAUAAGUCGCCUUAUGGGGUAGAUGGGCAGCAUGAAAAUUUAAUCAAUAAAUAAAUGGCCAGGACGAAGGUGUGACUGAGCUGGGAGGACCCGAUUCCUGGAAACGCUGCAGAAGAUUCAAAGUCUACUUUGAAACGUGGUUUAAUCCUGCUGCCCAAAGAACCUGGACUUCCACCUCAUCUUAACGCAAAGGAGAAAAGUGACAAAGACCUGAAAAGCCCAGAUUGUAAAAGGAGGAAAUUCUCCAUCCGUUUCUGUAAAAUGUUUCCUCUUCCUUUGAGAUAAAACUUAAUUCCCCUGCUGGAUCCACACCACCCAUUAAAAACCCCAAUUCUAAGUGC